AUGAAACAAAUAAACACUGAAUCUGAAGAUCCCUGCAUCACAGAUAAUUCCUCCUCAUCAUCUAUAAGUGUGAAAUCUACCCCUGAAAUUGAGAAAAAGUUUGUUCAUAGUGUUUAUGAUGCAAUUGCCCCGCAUUUUAGUUCAACUAGGUUUGCAAAAUGGCCGAAAGUUGCUGAAUUUCUCUCAUCUCUGCCUUCAGGAUCUCUUAUCCUUGAUGCAGGAUGUGGGAAUGGGAAAUAUUUAGGUUUUAAUCAAGAUUGUUUUUUUAUAGGAUGUGAUAUAAGUCCUUCAUUGAUUAAGAUAUGUUUGGAUAGAGGACAUGAAGUUCUUGUAGCAGAUGCUGUGAAUCUUCCUUAUAGAACUGGUUUCGGCGAUGCUGCAAUAUCUAUUGCUGUGUUGCAUCAUUUGAGUACUGAGAAUAGAAGGAGAAAAGCUAUUGAAGAGUUAGUUAGAGUUGUUAAAAAGGGUGGUCUUGUUUUGAUUACGGUUUGGGCUGUUGAACAAGAGGAUAGCUCGUUGCUUAACAAAUGGACUCCGCUUGCUGAUAAGUAUGUUGAAGAGUGGCAAGGAUCGGGAAGUCCACGUGCUGCUCGGUUAACUUCGUCGCCGUCGUUGGAAAGUAUUCCGGAAAUUGAGGAGAGUGGCUUUGGUGGCGAGGAGAGGAAAGUUUGCAAUGUGUCUGAAGUUUUGGGAGAUUUGAAGGAAGAAGAGAAUGUGAAGAAUCAGCAGGAGUAUUUUGUUCCUUGGCAUUUACCUUAUCAUCGCGCUGAAGUUAGUGGUGCUUCUGCUCAUGCUUUGGCUACUGGUCUUGCAACUAAAGAUGACAUAAAGGGUGCUGUGGUUUAUAACAGAUAUUAUCAUGUUUUCAGUGAAGGCGAACUUGAAAGCUUGACAAAUGGAAUAAGCAAUGCUAGAGUUGUUGAUCAGUUUUUUGAUAAAUCCAACUGGUGUAUUAUUCUAGAAAGGACCUUAUGA